AUGUCGAACAAAGGUCUUUUAGAUUACGGGAAUGGAGAAGUUAUAAAUCCAGACACAUACUUUGAAAAUCACCAACCACCAAAAUCCCUAGAGGAAAGCGAGCGCAGAGUUCAAGAAUUCGUGUCGACCCAUAGGAAAACUGGACGAAGAAUUGUACUAAUUACCAGCGGAGGGACUACAGUACCGCUAGAGAACCAGACAGUUCGCUUCAUUGAUAACUUCAGUGCUGAAGCAGGCUAUGCAGUGGUAUUCAUGCACAGACAAUUUAGUCUUCAACCUUAUGGCCGUCAUUACCACAGCGUUAACGAUUUUUUGGAUUUCUUGGAAUUAAAUAACGAUGCAUCUAUAAGCGUAUAUCCCCAAUACGUUCCCAAGAUGAAGAGCAUUCUUGAGAAAUAUCAAAAAGUCAAGAAAGAAGGCACCUUGCUUAUACUUGAUUUCGUUACUGUCGUUGACUAUCUCUUUCUCCUGAGAAGUGUCUGCAGGAUUAUGGAAAGCUUGAAAGAGACGGCUAUGUACUAUCUGGCAGCGGCCGUUAGUGAUUUUUUUAUCCCAAUGACGAGAAUGGUCGAGCAUAAGAUACAAUCUGCUGGUGGUGGAUUAACACUGACCAUGGACCAAGUGCCAAAGUUCCUAAAACCGAUGGUCACAAAUUGGGUACCACAAGGGUUUAUAGUUUCGUUCAAGCUGGAAACCGAUCCGUCGAUUCUUGUAUUGAAGUCCCGUCAAGCUCUUGUGCGCUACGGCCAUCAAAUUGUUAUCGGUAACCUUCUUCAAACGCGUAAAACCGAAGUCGUACUCAUUACUAAAGAUAGUGAGGCUACUUUUAAACUGAGUGGUGAAGACAUACGGAAUAUAGUCGAGAUCGAAAGCAAAUUUGUGCCCGAGCUUGUCAAAAGUCAUGACGAGUGGAUACAACAACAUCAUAUAAGCAGCAGUAGAAGCCUGUGA